CAAGCCGUCCGGUCCGCGGCCCCGGCCGUGUGUUCCGCCCGCCGCCGCGUCCUCCCUGCCCGCAGGCUGCCAAGAUGCUGGCCGUCCUCGCCGCGGUGUGUUUCUUGUUGUCCCAGCCGGUCUGCUGUGUCUUCCAGACGCUUUACUGCACCAUCUCCGACAGCUGCGACUGCGACUUCAGGCCCGACAUGAGAGACUUGGAGUGGGACCUGUACAGGAAUGUGUACGGCCAACAUCUGGCUCAGGACAUCGUGUCAGAGGAGGUGGCAAGCUUCCUUCAAAAUAAAAGCCCCGACCGACCCCUGGUGUUGUCCUUCCAUGGCUCCUCGGGCACGGGAAAGACUCUGGUCAGCUCCAUGUUGGCGAAGCAUCUGUACAGCUCGGGCCUGAGCAGCCCGUACAUCCACCAGUUCAUACCCACGCUCCACUUCCCCUUACCGAACCGGGUGAGGCGGUACAGGUCGGACUUGGAGAGCUGGGUGAAGGGCAACCUGACUGAGUGCGCCCGCUCCGUGUUCAUCUUCGACGAGAUGGAGAAGAUACCGCCCGGCAUCAUCGACGUCCUGGAGCCCUUCCUGGGUCCUUCGCACGUCGUGUUUCGCACAAAUUACCGCAAAGCCAUCUACGUCUUCAUCAGCACCACCGGGGAGAAGGUGAUCAACCAGCUGGCCCUGGACUUCCGGCAGGCCGGACGGGAGCGAGAGGAGAUCAGGCUGGCCGACCUGCAGGACGCCGUCGCCCAGGCGGUUUACAACAGCAGCUCAAGUGGCUUCUACCACUCCAGCAUCAUCCAGCAGAAGCUGAUCACACGCUUCGUCCCCUUCCUGCCGCUGUGCCGGCGCCACGUGGAGCGCUGCGCCCGCUGGCAGCUGUGCCAGCAGGGCUGGUGCUGGCGCAACGACGUGGUGGAAGCAGUAGGGGGCGACAUGAUCUACACUCCUGACGAGGGGCGGUACUUCUCAACCACGGGCUGCAAGGCGGUGCCGGCCAAAAUCAACCUGUUCCUGUGAUGCGGGACGGGAGCUGCACGGGCUCAGCGGACUCGAAGGGAAAUCCUCCUGUGGCCAAGCCAGUUGGGAAAGAGCAGAUCUGUGACUGUGUUUGGGUCUCGAGGGGGAAAUUAGUCUUCCUCCCGUCCACAAGGAGGUCAGAGGUCACAGUCAGACUGAACACCUCUGGAGCUGGUAGAGAUUUGAUCUUGACUUGAUUUCCUGAAGGUUAGACACUCAGGAUCAUGAGUAAUUGAACUUGUAGCCUUCAGAGUCCAAGGAGGUCUGAACUAGCCAGCUGCCUCGCUGCCAGCUCUGAGUUUCCCCAAACACAUCGAGGGUCACCCGACUAAAAACACACACAUCCAGGAAACUGAGUGAGCUCUGCGCCAACAGCCGAGGUUUUUCCCUGAAGUUUUGGUGCAGUCAUUGUUCCGUCCAGAGCCAGACGUCCCGCCGCGCUCUACCUCAAACCCAGCUCAGUCUGUAUCCCCUCAACUUGUAAGUCGCUGCAGCGUGGUUUUUACAUUUCAGAGGUUGAGAUUUGUUUUGACAUUGGUGGAAAUGACCCUUUUCUUAAAAAAGAAAAGGAAACUAGAAGUAGAAGUGCAGGGCAGGCUGUAUGUCCAGUGUGUGUGUGUGCAUCAGAGUAGAGGAAUGAAGGAGAGACAGUGUGCAGUGUCAUGCCACAAUAAGUGAAAAGUCAACAAACCAAGGCUUUACAGCACAUUGAAUGUUCUCAAACGACCAAAAUGCUGAAAUGUUUAAAGAAUAAAAACCACAGUUGUCACAUCACACCGUGCAAAUCUGGACAGCAACAACUCCAAAAGACCUGUGACGUAAAAUAUCAAUUUCAAAGUGAAAAUGCCAACAAAUUAAUUUACCAUCUAACUGAUGGUCACCAUGUUUGAAUCUGUGGCAACAAGACAUGAUUGGUUGUUCCUUGCAGAAAGAAACGGGGCAAAAAAAGAAAAAUCACUUUAAAAAUCACUUAAGAGGACUGAGGAUUAGCACUCAGCUGUGAUGUAAAACAGGUUUUACAAAGGUUUUUAACCCCUGCAGCCACACAGUGUGCUAGAUCAUACAGUCACAAGUUUGCACAAAAAAUAUCAGGCCCAAUAAUAUGCGAGAUCAGUCGCAGACACACUAAACACAUGAUCCCCUCCAGGCUGCUGCCUGGCAGAGAGAAAAAGGGAACGGUUUUGCCUUUUUGUAUUUUUUGUCCCCACCACUGCCCUGCCUCAUUCAGACAGUCACACCUGGAGUUUCCCAGUAUGACUGGAGGCCAGUGAGCAGCUCCACCUGGAGGUUUAGUGCCUUGCCCAAGUGUUAGCUGGAUAAUCUUUUUUUUUCUCCCUAUGAGAUUGGUCUCUUUCCCGUUGACAGAGAUUCCCCCUUUAGUUUUUAUGGGGAAGUUUUAUGUUUUUCUGAAAGGGAUCAGUGGUUUAAAGCCUCCUUUACUCUCUGCACUUUGUGUAGCACUCUUUUAAAGGAUGUGACAUUUUCAACAUGUCUGUAGUUUCCAGUUUGGAGCAAAACUCAUGCAGAGUCCCUGUGCAGUUUAACAAAAGCAGUGACCUGAGAUGGGUCGGACUUUUCAUGAUAUAAAACAACAACAACACAAAAAGCCCCCUGUGCUCAGAAAGUCAUCUAAAAACCUCACUAUCAAACCAAACCUGGAUAAACCCUGCAGCAUGGAGGGAUGGACCUUAACUGGUGCAAUAAUUAGAGCAAUACAGAGGUACCUUUAUUAGAGCAGGUACUCCCCCUAGAGGCCAGACUGGGCAGGUGCACAUUUAAACACGUGCAGCAGCUUUAAGGACCUUGGCUGUUGACACAUCAGUGCUUAUAACAUCAGCGACUCCCCGGGUGAAAACUUUGAUUUUAACAGGAGGAAUAUGAACUUAGAUUGACAGUUUUAGGCAGUUUAUCUCUGAAUCAUAGUUUUACAGUUUAUAAGUGUUUCGGUUAUGAUUUUUGGUUUGAAACUUGAAGCUGAAAUGCUUCUGUUUAACUUACGGAGCACAGAGCACAUAUUUGAAAUUUAGCAUAUCAGUGAAAGAUAAAGUCUCCAUCAGUGAAAUAUCACAUCUGUAUUUUGUAUUGCUUUGUGCCAAAAGUCUCUAUUAUAGCUAUAAUAAAUUUUAUUUAUUACUACUUUAUUUCCUCAGCUUUUUACUUUUAUGCCUUGGUAAAGGCCCUCCACAUGCCCUACUUAGUAUUCAGCACAACAUAAAUAUAACGGUAUACUUGUCUAACUCAUGCUAUUGUGAUAUAUAUAUAGGAUAUAUAGGAUUCAAAAAUACUACAAGUUGACAUGUUGAAAAUAUCACAGCCUCUUUGUUAGUGUGUGAUUAGUUUUUAUGGGAAGCUACAGUGGGACUGGUUAGUUCCUCUGGCCAAACAAAGAUCCUGUUUUAAUGUUGUCAAACCAAUUUAUUGUUAAAAAAAAAAAAUAAUAGGAGAGGAAAUCACAAGCAAAAGUAGGAAUGUACUUUAAAAUCAUCUUUGGUUUUUCAUUCAGAAGGUUCAGAAAUCAUGGUUUGGGAGCAAAUUGCGCAGUUUUGCCAUUAGGUGGCAGUAAAAACCUUACAAGGAACAAGACAUGAUCAAGCAAGGGAGAGUUACAGCUUGCUGCUUUUUUUUUUUUUUUAAAUCAUGGAAUCUGUUGUAUAUAAUUUGUAUUUGUGUUGAAGUCAUUUAUUUGAAGAGUGUUUUGCUGUAUUUUGUUGCUGUACUACAUGAAUGAGUUGUAAAGCUAACAGAAUGUGGGUGUUUACUACAUGAAGUUGCAUGAAGGAUAAUUGGACCGGUUUCAUGGUGGAAAUCAAGACAAGCCGUCUAAGUAAAUGUGCCUCUGACAAAUUGAA